GUUUUCCGACGUCCAAGAUCUGCUCUUACGUUGAUCGACAACCUAGUAGGUGCUUAAAAGGUGCUUAAAAGACAUGGGAGUUUCUCUUUUGAUCCCGAAAAAUCCAUUGGCCCUGCUAUCUCCUCUUAUAGGUCAGGGAACAAAGAGUUGCAAUCUUUGUUUCUCACCAUGGACGGCGUCCCUGAAUACCGCAACCGUAUCGCCAGCGAGCUCCUUGGCACAACCAAACGCGGAUUUGACCAAUACUUCAAAUAUUACGACCAGUUGGUAGUGUCAGAUACCGGUGCUCACGUCGUACAAGUCGACCAGCCGCGAUCUGGUGACCUAACUCCAAUUACUCAUGCCGACGUUCUGGAAGCAGUCAAAGCCAUCCGAGGAAAUGCUACGAGAACCCUGGAUGAAAUUUCUGGAGAACUCUAUAAAACCCUGAAAACGAAACACUCUCGAGUGCGCGUCACGUCUGUAGUCCUGCUAGCUGCCCGCGUCAUGUUCAUGUUCGACCCUGCAAUGACCGAGAGACACGGAUCGGGUUAUACCAUCGGAAAAUAUAAACCCGUCUCGUGGCAGCCAACCCAAUGCUUGCAUGCAUACGUUUUGGAAUGCUUUCCUAGAGCUUCACAGAGCUCUGAUCGAGUCAAGAAUGCUCUAGCGAACGCGCGUUCUAUCAAGGCUUGGAAGAUGAAGGCGCGAUCAGGUAUCAUCUUCAAGGGAACAGACAAUUUGGCACAGCAUUUGCUACUUGACAGUCCGAACAGAGUUCUUUACAUCUUCCACCACACAUCUUAUCUGAAAGCCCAGUUGCGCCUUUUUCAGAGUUCCAAUUCUACCACGGAAGAAGACCCAUUACUAUCCCUUCAAAGGGGCUCUCUCCCACCGCGUCUGCUUGCAGAGACACUUCACUCCCUGCAGUCAAUCCUUUUCCAAUGGAGAGAUCGUCGAUCGACCAAAAUCUUGAAGCGGUUGAUCCGAACCAAGGGGUUCGACGAAGACUGCACAUGGGAUGAAGGGAAUACGACGUUCAAUGAUUCCUUGCAUAAUGACGAGUACUUUUACUGGGGGCACCGACUGGUAGAACUGCAUGACCUGGUGAGGGAACGGCGGCCUCGAAAUCGAUUCGAGAGGUGGAUCAAGUGGCAAACCUCGGAAAGCAAUGCGUUUGCGAUUGCGCUUGCAGCCCUGUUGAUUUCAGUUGUCGUGGGACUUCUUUCGUUGGGCCUGUCGGCAUUUCAGGCCUGGGUUUCGUGGAAGGCAUGGAAAGCCUCGAUAAACAUAAAUGGUAGUUGA